AUGGUUCUAUAUACAGAUAACAAAAAAUUAGGCAUACUAGUAUCUUCAGAGGAACAAAUAAAUCGAAGCCCAGUCAAAGAGAAGUUAGUAAACCAAAGUCCAGUUAGAGAGAAGCAAGUAAACCGAAGUCGGACAGAAGCAAGUAAAUCGAAGACCAGUCAGGGAAAAGCAAGUAAACCAAGGUCCAGUGAGGGAGAAGCAAGUAAAUCAAAGUCCAGUCAGGGAGAAGUAAGUAAACCAAAUUCCAAUCAGGGAGAAGCAGAAGCAAGCAAUUCGAAGCUCAGUCAGGAAGAAGCAAGUAAACCAAAGUCAGGUCAGGGAGAAGCAAGUAAUUCGAAGCCCAGUCCGGGAGUAGACAUUAGACCAAAUUCCAGUCAGAGAGAAGCAAGUAAACCAAUGUCCAAUCGAGCAGAAGCAAGUCCAUUAAAGCCAAGUCAUGGAAAAGCAAGAAAUCCGAGGUCAAGUCAAAGAGAAGAAAGUAAACUGAAGUCCAGUCAGGGAGAAGCAAGUAAACCGAAGUCUAUUCAGGGUGAAGCAAGUUAG